UAAAACCACCAUCACAUGUGAUUACAACGGAAACAAAGACAACUCCACAGUAAAGAAGUUUUUCUGCAAAGUGAGCGGUUCAUUCUGUGAAGAUAUAUUAUCAACAAAGUCUUCUCUAAAGUCAAACGGGAUGUUCACUCUCAGAGAAACCAACAGUGGCUUCAACGUGUCCAUCAGUAAUGUGUCCUCACAGCACGCUGGUGUCUACUGGUGUGGAGCAGAAUCAAAUGAAGGAAGCUACCGAUAUGCACUCAGAAAAAUACAACUGGAGGUUAAAACAACUAUUCGUAACAUAACAAGGUAUCCACCUAUUGGACAGAAUUUUAGAUACUUUUGUAUUUAUCCAUCUGGUGCUCCUGAGGAUAAAUUCAUCUGUAAGGGAGAAGAUCCAUCUCUAUGUGAACAUCUAGCAAGCACUGCACACAGCAAGACCACGGGGAGGUUUUCCAUGAUUGAUGAGAAGAAUCUCACUGUUAUUACGAUAAAUGUGAUAAACAUAACAGCAGAAGACGCUGGGACAUACUGGUGUGGAGCAGAGAGUACUGACAAGGAACGCAGCAAUCCAUUCUUCAACAAAUGUCACAUCACUCCAAUACAACCAACAACAGCCACAUUUCCUGUUUCUUCAACCCAGUCAACUACUGCAUCCGCUAAGAGUCUUGGUGGUGUUCUGGCCAUCAUUAAUUCAAUUGUCUGCAAAUCUGUGCUGCUGCUGCUGCUGCUGAUGAUGAUAUUUGGGCUCAUUUUGAUCCUUAUCUACAAACGUAAGAGAGAGUUAUUGCCGAUUUGCAAAACAUUAAACUUGCACUAAGGUACACACAAACCCACUCUAAACAUAUCUACAUCCUGUGAUGUCAAGAAAGGCCAAAGUAAGUA